AUGCUUGCGUGCGUCCCAACAGGUAUUUGGUUGGGAAAUGAGGUAAGCGAGGCGGGGGAGGUGGGGGAGGAGGGGGAGGGGGGGGGGGGGGGGGGGGGGGGGGGGGGGGGGGGGUGGGGGGGGGGUUUUAAAAUAAGGGGGGGGGGGGGGGGGGGGGGGGGGGGGGGGGGGGGGGGGGGGGGGGGGGUGGGGGGGGGGGGGGGGGGGGGGGGGUUUGGGGUGGGGGGGGGGGGGGGGGGGGGGGUUUGGGGGGGGGGGGGGGGGGGGGGGGGGGGGGGGGGGGGGGGGGGGGGGGGGGGGGGGGGGGGGGUUUUUUUUUUUGGGGGGGUUUUUGUGGGGUUUUUUGGGGGGGGGGGGGGUUUUUUUUGGUUUUUGGGGGGGAUUGUUGAUGUGGUUUUGGGGUGGGGUGGGUGUUUGAAAAUGGUGAAGAAGAUUGUGGGGGUUGGGUGUGUUGUAAAGAGGUUGGGGUUGGUAUGA